AUGAUUGGACAUCCUAUUCUUAACGAAAUCAAACAAGGAUUCAAACUUCGACCGACUAAGACUGUUGAUAAAUCUAAGCCACUAUUCAAAGCAGACGGGGAAGAUGAUAACUCUAUAGAUCCAAAUCGUAGAACACCAAGCGGCAUGCCACCUCCACCAUGCACUGCUCCCCCACCACCUCCUACAAUGCCAUUACCUCCUGGAGCUCCCCCACCACCUCCUGGUAUCAAUAGAGCUAAGUCUCCAGGCAUAAGCAAGCUUGGAGGUUCAACACCUGCGGAUGUUGAUCGAAAUGCUUUGCUUAAAGGAAUUCAAGGAGGUGUUCGACUACGAAAAACUGUUACUCAAGACAAAAGUGGACUUGUUAUCGACGAAGAAAUGAGAUCACAGUCUAUGAAGAAGUGUGAUGUUUCACCAUCUAGCACUUUACCACCUCCACCGCCACCACCACCUCUACCAAUGGCUCCUCCACCACCACCAGCUAUGAAUGCAGCUCCACCUCCUCCAAAGAUAAAUAGAGCUCUUUCUCCGGGGUUAGCGAAAUUGGGAGGAUCAACACCAACUGAUGUGGAUCUUGGCCAAUUACUUAAAGGAAUUCAAGGAGGAAUUCGCUUACGAAAAACAGUCACGCAGGAUAAGAGUGGCCUCAUAAUUGACGACGAAAUGAAAGAGAAAUCAAUGAAAAUAUGUGAAGCAGCACCAUGUAGCUAUAUUCCACCUCCCCCUAAAGCUAAUCCUCCAUCUCGAGCCAAAUCGCCAAAUGUAUUGCUUCCUGAGUCUUCAGAAGAUGAGAGAUAUCAAACACCGGAUGGUCGUGGCUCCAAAUACACAACGCCCGAGCCAGGAGAUUAUUCCCCACCAACACCACGUCGUCAUAGUGCCACUCCUGAACCAAAGCCUUUGAAGAAAUGUGAUUAUGCCUUUGAUGAGCGUAAUCUAAAGGUCACAUCUGAGGAUUUGCAAAAGGAAAUCAAGAAAGGUGCUGCUGCUGCAAGAAUUGCCGCUUUCAUGAAUGUAGACCAAUCAACGAUUGAGAAUAAUAUUCAGAAGUCAGCUGUCAGUAAACUGCCAAAACCUUCCUUCUUAGAGGUUAAUAACAAUCAGCCAUCAUCCAAGCCAAAACCUGUCUCCAAAUGGGCUCCUGUCGAAGUUGGAGGACUGAAACGUCCCAGUCAAGGAAAUAUACCUAUGGAAAAGAAUGAAAGAGCUAAGUCAGAAUCUCGUUUCCCUACAAGGGAGCGAAGCUCAUCCGCACUUGCUGAACCGACCAGCAACGAACGUGCUAGGACUCAAAGUCCUACUGGAGAACGCGAGAGAUCUUCGAGCACCUUGGCUCAGCCUAUUUCUAUAAGAACGGAUCUCACUCCCGAACCCGAAGUAGCACCUCAGAGAACGACCAAAAAAUGGGUCAGACCAGAGAUUGAGGAAACUCCUCCAACACCUAAAACAUCUAAAGCUUCAGCUAACCCAUACAGCUACCGACUGCCCCGAUCGGAAAGUCCUGCUUCUACUUCUCCUAUCUCAUCCGUCUCUUCCGCUUCUAUCCCUUCACCUUCAUCUAUAUCUCCCGGUAGCACCUCUCCUGAUGUUCCUAAAAGACGAAAUCCGGCUUUCGACAAGGCCAAGGAGAGGUUUGUAAAUGGCGCUGCCCCAGCUCCUCUCCAGACAACAGCUACUCCAACACCCAAGCCUGUCUCUAAGUCUAUGAGCCCCAGACCAUCGACCGAAUCUUCGACUCCAAAGAAAGUCUCGGCAAGCUCAAAGACCAGCAGCAAAGAUUCAUCAGAAUCAUCGGAAGCUACUGUCAAACCCAAGAAAAGUGUUUCAAAAUCUACGUUAACAACACCCAAAAGUAAAAAUGCUGCAACGUCGCCUAUUCCAAGUUUCACAAAUAAGGAAUCAGAUCCGAAAGAGCAGACGAAGAAAACAGUUAAAGAGACUCAAACAACCAAAAAGUUUGAUGAUUAUGAUAGCCCCCAACGUGUUAUAAACAUCCCCAUUAAUGCUCCAUGGCAUACUCCACGUGAUUUUGCUCCUGAAUCUCCACAAAUGGUUCAUAUUGGUAUUGAUCGUUUUGCCACGAUGUCUCCUAGUGAUUUCAAUCGGAAUUUCCGUUUUGACAUCAACCUAUCAUCAGAUUCUCCUCUUUCGAUUAUAAAUCGUUAG